AUGUCGGCGGCCGACGGCAUGGCGAGCCUGGUGGCGCGAGGCUCGUGCCCCGUCGCGGGCAACGGCGACCUCUACGGCCUGGGCAUCCGCAUCGGGCUCUACAUCCAGAUGAUCACGGUGCAGCUGUCGGGCCUCCUGAGCGCCUACUUCCGCGUCGAGGACCACAUCGGCCAGGGCACCAUCAUCUUCGUGCUGUCGACGCUCAUCGUCCUCGUCCGCCUCGUCGCCGCCAGCAUCGCCAGCGCCAGCGGCAACGGCACCGACCCGCCCAUCGAACCCGUCGAGGUCUUCCCCGUCCUGACGCUGCUGCUCAUCCAGGUCGGCGUCUGCCGCGUCUCGUCGCGCAACAGAAUCACCAUGCUCAUCUGGAUGGCCGAGCUCGUCGGCCUCAGCGCCCUGUACAACUACUUCUGGUGGCGCGGCAUGGAUCUGCUGCCGCGCUCGUGCCCGGACGACAAGGCCUUUUUCUUUGCAAAGGUCAGCAUUUGGGGCUGGUUCCGGAGCCUCAACAAGGCCUCGGCCGUCAUCGCCGCCCUGGGCACCGGCCUCGUUCUGAUCCUGUACUGCGGAGCCGCAAUCUACGGCCUGGUCAUCGUCGUCGUCCGGUUUCUGCAAGGACGGAGCAGCGAACUGUCGGCGGCCGACGACGCCCAGGAACAGGCCGAGGAACGCAGCCGGGCCCUCGGCACCGUCGACCUGCUCGCCAACGUGGGCGCCAUCGUCUACGUCGAGGUGGCGCUCAAGUGGAACGGCAUCACGGGCGUGCACUCGCUCGACAGCCCCGGCCAGUUCAUGCCCUUUGUCAUCGCCCUCGGCCAGCUGCUGAGCGUCUUCUACUCGGCCGGCAAGUACCUGCUUCAGCUGCACGCCGACGAGCACGCGCUGGACCAAGAAGACGGCUCGAUGCUCGAGUGCCAUCACAACGACAAGAACCGGUACGGCAGGGGGGACGACGCCGAGGACAUUAUGCUGUGA